CGGAAGUUGUAUGUAUUAUUGCUGCUAGCUUUCUAACUGAGCUCGGUGUUUGGUGUCAGUAAGCAGAGCGAUGCUCGCCGUCUGAGAGACGGGGUUUAAAUCAAACGGAGCCCCCCUGGUACACAAACUUGUGAUUGGCACCAGGCAAUAACAAGAACCAUGGUGACCAAGAAAGUGAGGACAGAAUAUAUGAAGAAGUUCAGGGACCCCAAAUGGGAGACGUUUUCUAAAUGCUAUGAGGACUCUGUGAAGUACCGUCUGUCUCGCCGGGUGAUAGAACAUUCCCACAAGCCCUGGUUCUGGGAGGGCUGGGACAGCGGCUCUGACUCCAGCGGCUGGUCAACACCAAGGCUGACCAGGAACAAAGUGGUUCCUCUGUCUCUCCCGCUGCCGCCCAUAUCCUUGGAGGUCAAGCAGAGGUUGUUGGAGUCAAAGACCAGUCCUGUGCAAAAGCCACCGUACAAGGAUGGAGAGACUGACGUGGGGGACCGGGACGCUGCGGUUGUAGAUGUGGCACAAACCACAGCAGCAGUUGUAGAAAAUGGUGUGAAUGAGGCCGGUGGCAGUUCUGUGGCGGUGGCUCCAACAAACAGCGCACCCUCAGACGACACACCCACAGACAACGGGCCAGCCGACUCGGCGUCUUCUGAUGGGGAGCCAGUAAACCCAGUAUCCCGACGGCAACGCCGCCGCCACACGCCACGCUCUGAGCAGCCGCACCUGGACAGUUCCCAAGAUGACAAACCAGCCGUGAUCCGUAAACCGCCGAGAGCAAAGAGCACGCCGGUGAUCAGCACCAAGGAGAAGGAGAACCAGAGACCAUCCAGCCGGCUGGACUGGAGCGAGAGACAGAUGGAGGUCAAGAGGACAACCAAUGAUAGUCACACUUCUGAUGCCUGCGUUCAGACCCGCAGGGAGUCUGACAAGCGGAGCUCCAGGCUGGACCGCCGGCGGGCUCGAUCGGCUGACCUGGAAAAGAUAAGACGCUCGCAGCUGAUGGUGGUGGACGACCGCUGGAUGACAGAGUACAUGCGCUGUUUCUCCGCCCGGCUUAGGUAGAGAUGGGAUCCACCUAGAAUCCCUAAAUACUAAGUUUCCUUACAUGCAAAUAUCAGGAGGAAAUCAUUUCUCAUUUUAAUUAACAAUACAGAAAGAGAACCGUGUUGCCACAAGCAAACACCGCUCACUGCAUUGUCUCCUUAGUUGACAGAGAAAUAACAAAUAAAGUGAAGAAGUGGGAAGAGCUACUGAUUUAGAUCCAGUUGAUAAAGUUCUAAAUAGUUUAUGAACAUCAAGUUUAAAAUUUUAGCUUUCUGUACAUGUGUAAUUACAAAAAGUACCUUUAAACAUUUUAUAAUAAAGAUCAGAGAUUAGAUUCUUUUAACAGAUUUGGAACUAUUUUUACAUAUAUCUUUGGGAUUUCAGUAAUGAAAUGACGCGAAACAAAUCUAAUUAACUUGAAAUUAAUUUAAUUCCCUUCUGUCUGGGAUCUUAGAUAACUUCUCUCAGUUACUGGGUGAAUUAGCACUUCAGCCAGGAGGGUCUCACUCCUCAUAUGAGAAAGGAACAGUGUUACACGAGUGUGUCUGAUCAUUGAGCAGCAGAGUUAUCAGCUAGACUGCAGCGUCCUUUGGAAGAUGUUUGAUGUAAGAUGUGCCCUUACAUCAACGUUUAUCUGCAUUCACAACCUUGCUGCUUUGGCUUCCUGAUGGAGACAAAAAGCUCUUAAAAGCAACUGUAGCAGAGGAUGGACACAGCUCGCAGUUGUUUAUGGCGCCCCCAAGUGGUCAGAAGCUGCAGCUUUAAGCGCUAAAAUGCUCCAACGUUCUUUUUUUAAAAUAUUUUUAUUGAGUAUUUGUGGAUAUAGUUUACAAAGAAAAAAAAGAAGACGGAAAACACAAACUGUUUACAAUGAAUACAAAACAGAACUUCUCAUGUUGGAACAUUGUUUUCCUCUCUUUAUUAUUUACCAAACAAGCAACGAGAAAAAAGAAAAAACACACACAAAAAAACAAAAACAGAAAAAUAACAAAAAGAGAGAAAAUAAAUGAACCCCCCACCCCCCCCAACAAAAUAACAAAAGCCACAACCCGGGAGGGAUGAUGGUAUUAACUAGCCCUUUCCAUAAGAACCACACAGAAGUUAGCUACACCAUCACUGAGCUUCACGUUCCCGUUAAGACAGACAGACAUCCGACCACUAUGGAGAAGCACAUCCGUUAGUCAGCUGGAACAUCCUUAAGUUGAAGUUUAGAGAAGUUUUCCAGAAAGAGACCCCAAAUUUUAUCAAAUGUGCCCUUUUGGUUCUGGAUGGAGCAGUGGAUCUUUUCCAAACUGAGACACGACAUGAGAUCAGCAAGCCACCGAACAUGGGAGGGCGGGGCAGCAGCCUUCCACCUCGUCAAAAUAGCACGCCUAGCCAAGAGGGAACCAAAGGACAGCACCCUGCGCUUUGCUCUGGGAAUAUCCUUAUCAUCCUCUCCCGCUUUACCAAAGAGAGCAAGUAGGGGGUUGAGAGCUAGUUUCAGGCCGGUAGCCUUGUUCAAAGUGCAGAAAACCUCCCAAAAAUUUGCCAGGGCAGGGCAGGUCCACCAAUGCUCUUAUUAGUUAAUUUCAUCUAUGCAAUAGGUGUACAGAACAUUUAUUAUGACUUGUGAUGGUAUGGUAUAGCCUUUCCCACGUCUUCACUUGAUGCCACAUUACACGGGAUUAUUUAUGAUAAACUAACGAGACAACAGGAACAGUGUUUUUUUGCUCCAGCAUCCUGUCAGAGCGAAUCGCUGCUGUCGAGAGAGAAAGAAAAAUACUAUCCUUAAAUUUCAGACUAAAGCCCAUUUAUGCAAAAGUACAGUUAUUAACCAUCACCUUUCUUUAAUUUUCUUUUUUUGUUGUUGUUUUUCCCUACGACAGUAACGAUUGGAUCUGCAGGAACAGUUCAGAUUUCUGAUUCUGAACACUUUCAGAUGAAAUUGACUGAACUGUGUUUCUCUGGUGGGGUUUUUUGUAUGAGAAUGAACAAUAAAAUGACUCUUUCUUAGAUUUUCUAUACAUAUAUCUACAAAAAAAACCCCACAUCCACAUCACUUUUGAAUGUAUUUAGUUUCUCAGCAUGAAAGAAAGCUCAACUGAUCUGCUUUCAUUUAGAGCUCAUUUCCAACACAAAUUCUGUUUUUCAGUUCUCUCUCAUGAAGCCAGCUGUGUAUUUACACCUCAGAGAGUUUGAUCGGAGAAAGGCCCAAACUGGAAUUUUUGAUAUCUGUGUAUUUUGGAUAUGAGGAGUUGAGCUUAGAUUAAAAGAAGUUAGAAACACAUGAUAUGUCAAAUAAAGCUCAAAUCUAAGGUAUUUUUACAGAAAAGGUUAGUAUAUUAAAUUGUAAUCAUUGUAAUAGAUCUAAAUAGAUCAGGUAACUGUUAAGCAUACAGUAUGUUUAUUGCAGAGUGUAGUUGGUGUGUUUUCACUUUGGGCAGCUUCUUUUUUUUAAAUUGAUUUUUAAUCAGAAAUAACCUGCGAUUUUGACACAGUGUGCAGUGAAUACUCCACAGGAAAAAAGCUUUUAGGGUAAUUACGCAAAACUAGAUGCUUCUAAAACUUUUAAGUGAAAUGAGGAGCAGUCAUUAAGAAGUAUCGCUCUACUGCUGUCACUCUUAUUUUUUUAAAGACAGCCAGAACGUAUCAGAAUUCCAGUUUAAAUCCAGGCGUUUCUGCAGUGUCCUGGUCCACCAGGGCUGAAACAGAGACCUACAUGUUUCCAUCAGCAUGAAGAAAAGCGCACGUGUUAAAGCAUUCUGAGUUUGUGGCGUCUGUUAUUUGCUGAUUUUAACUCAAGAUUGUAAAUACACUGUGAGGUCAUGGCUGUGUCUCAUGACUCAAACUGAGGGCUAAUCGUCAUUAUGUACCAAGUUUACAGUUUUGCACUCAAAUUCGCUGAGAAUGCUUGUCGUUUUCACACCAACCGAACCUCUUCACCCUGAAUGUUCACAGCUCUUCGUGUUUGUCCUGACACCACAGGAAGACUCUAGUAUUUUCUAACACGUCCAACUUUAAAAACCAGUGUUUGUGCUGUAGGUGGCGACGAAGAUGUCCACACACUUUACUGAAGUAAAAGCACUAAUGGUAAAAAAAAAAGACUCACUCGUGACUAAAUGUUUUGUUGUGUAAGAGUAGCAAGUAUGGUUUCGCAAUUAAUAUGUUUGUCAAUUGACUAAUUCUGUUAGAGCUGUGAGAAAAAUGAAAACAUCCCCCUCUGAACUUGAAACAAAUCUGUCACAUCCAGUAAAUAUCAUACCCCAAAGCCUGGGUUUACUAAAAACUAGCCAAAAUAAAAACAAAAUAUAGUAUGAGUGCACAGGGUUCAGAUAUCAGAGUUCAGAAAGUUGUAAAGCUUCAUCCAUGUGCUCAAAACAUGUUCUAUCUAAAGUACAUGAGCGUUUGUUUCUGCGUUGCUUCAACCUGAAUGUGUUCUCUUUGUCGGUCAGCGUGAACAGUUAACAUCAUUUUCAGCAUCACUGAGAACAGCAGCUAUCACAUAUAACACGAGGCAUAAUGUGAUGUUGUUAAAACUGAGGGCACUCAGAAACCGAGUGAUUGUAAACACAGCUGUUAAAGACCUCAGAGUGAGAGUGGGUAAACGUACCUGUAGAGCUGCUGUGGAUGCAAAGGUCAUGCUUUGGUUAUUUAUCUUCAUAACGCAUUUGAAACAUAUGAAUGUCGAGACAAUCACUAGAAAUUAUUUGAGGUGAUUUGAAAGUGAAAAAAACCUAAAUAUGUAACACUUAAGAUAAGCGGUCAUAUAGAGUGGAUGUAGGUGGACUUGGUGUAGGAGAAAAUGUCGCUUUCUUGUGUGGUUUACCAGCAACAGAUACGAAGAAAUGUGUAUCAUAUGUCUGAGUAUUUAAUCCUGUUGACAUAUUUUGCCCACUGUAUUUGUAUUUAGAAACAUGCACAGGUUAUAUUUUCAUUCACUGUAAUGCAUUGCUGUGAAUAAAUUAUUUGAAUAAAAUCUGAUUUGAAGAGUU